UCAGCAGCUGUUAUUUUGGGUUUUGUUUUGGAUAAGAAACUUCUAGUGCAUAGCUAUUAUAAGUAGUAAUAUUAUCUUCACAUUAGUUAAGAGCAUGAGCGGAAUUAAGGUUGAGUUUUCAGUACAAAUGCGCGGUGAGCAAUGCGCUGAAAAGAUCCACAAUGCACUCAAAGACGCCGGCAAAAUUCAUAUUGACGCCACUGAGGGACGGGUGACAAUAGAAACAAAGGAACCUUGGUGCAUUUUAAAAGAGAAAAUCGAAAGUACUGGACGAAAAGCAGUAUUGGUAGGAUUUGGAGGGCAAUCAGCAGUUGCUAUUAUAAAUACAACAGGCAGCGACGUGGAUAGAACGCCUAUUCAAGGAGUUCUCCGUUUUAGUGCGCUUACAAGAGAUCAACCAGGUUUGGUUGUGGAUGGUGUUGUAGAUGGUUUAACACCGGGUUUACAUGGACUACAUGUACAUGAAGCAGGUGAUGUGUCCAAUGGAUGUGCAUCGAUUGGUGGACAUUACAAUCCACGCGAUUCGCCACAUGGUAGUCCAGAUAACGCACCGGAUGAACGACAUGCUGGCGAUUUAGGUAACAUACGUGCUGAUGAAGAUGGUCGUGCCACUUUCCGAUUUGUUGACCCUGUACUAGCCGUUUGGGAUAUAAUAGGGAGGUCGGUAGCGAUAACAGCGAACGCUGACGAUAUGGGUAGAGGCGGUAAUGCGCAAAGUCAUGUUGAUGGCAAUUCAGGUGAACGAAUUGCCUGCGGUAUAAUUGCACGUUCAGCGGGAAUUAUGGAGAAUUUCAAGAAACUGUGUGCAUGCGACGGUGUCACGCUGUGGGAUGAGCGAUAUAAACCUAUAGCCGGCGCUGACCGAUCACAAAAAUUGUAAAAUAAGUCAAUACUGCUAGUUAGGUGUAGCAUAAAUUCUACGUAAAAGAUAAAGAUUUGUAUAUAUUAAGUUCUAUGUUAUAGGUGCUUUGUGAUUUUGAAACUAGUAAAGUGAUAAACUCGGGACAUGCGUUUAA